AUGGCUCGGUUCGUCGAUCUUGACGAUUCGGACGAGGGUGCAUCAGUCUGUGACAACUCGCAAGCAUACCUGCAACGGGUUGUAGAAGCAGCCCGUCUACCUUCAGCGGUUCAGCAGCCCUCAUCACUAGACAAGCAUGCCGACCGUAGUGGCACCGACCACGCGAGCAGCGCCAGCUUCGCGGCUGUGCUUGCUUGCUUUCCUGUUGCUCUAUCCCUAGCCAAGCACCUCGACCUCAAUGACCUCCAUUCCCUCUCACUCACCUCCCGCAGCAUACACCGAAACCUGACCCAAUACUCGCGACAUCUCAAAGCACAGUCCCUGCGCUGCACGUUCGAUGACCAACCUCUUCUGUCAGAUCUCCGCAAGUCAGACUCUCCCUCCUUGAACAACCAUACAAGAUCACCCGAAUUCGGCAUCCACUCCUCCAAUACGGCCAAUUCACCUCAUCCUACAAGAUCAGCAGCUGUGCACGAGACCACGUCGCUUCCUGCAGAAAAUGCGGCAUUUUCAGUCCGCUCCGCUCGCUCUGCCUCUUCCUCCUCCCGCCUCGACGAUGAAGACGAGCCCUCCCAGCCCGUACCGCCAGCAGAUAGUUCCAGUACCAGCUCCUUCACCCUCCCAGCCUUCCUCCGCCUCUCCUGCGCCUGCGCCACCCGCGGCGCCUACCUCUGCGCUGCCUGCGGUCACAAUCUGCGCGCCAACGACACCACCUACCGACGCGUCUGGACCUGGCGCUCGCGCUACUCCACGCACAUUGGCGGUGGGCUGGGUGUCGGCCUCGGCAUGGGCGAUCAAGGCCAGAAAUGCGGGCGUGGAAGCCACUGCUUAGACUCCAGCACUAACAGUGUCAGCUGGGUUGAGAUCGACUGCUCCGAUGGCGACGGUGAAGCACUAACGGCUGGCAGUCGUGUCAGCACGCCGGUACCGCACUAUCAGCAUCGCGACACCGCAGGACAGGCCGCGCCAGCUAACAGCAGCAGCAACAAGCCAGGCUACCACCAGCAAGAGAUUGAAGGUAUCGGCGGCGUAGUGAAGAAAAAAGUGCGCAAGCGCGUGAAGACGGGCGCCACGGUGUGGGAGUACGACGACGAGCGCACGUCGGGACAGUAUCUGGCAAGAGAGACGAGUGGGGCGGAGAGGAGUUGGUGUGGAUGGUGUGAUCGGGUCUGUUUAGGUGAGGGUGAUGAUCUGGCAUCGGUUCUGGGACCGACUCUUUGA